UGGUCCACAAUGGCGUGCGCAGCGAAGGGGCGAAACAACGGCGGCGAGCUGUCCGCCGCCGGCGUCGAGCUGACCGGCGGUUCCGGAGGCAAUUUUCUUGCGCGCCAGGCCCGCCUCAAGGGUAGAGGAAGAGCAACCACCGGCCGCGUCGAUCUGACCGGCCUCCUGAGCGACGACGUGCUCGUGCGCGUCCUCGAGCGGGUUCCCGACGCGAGGGACCUGGUGCGCACGGGCGCGCUCUCGCGGCGGUGGCGCGGUCUCUGGACGCGCGUCCCCGCUCUCCGCUUCGCCUUCAACACCAGGCGGGAGUUCUUCAGAUUGGCCGCCGGCGCCGAACGGUUCGUCGCCUUCGUCGACGACGUUCUCGCCCUUCGCGUUGCCCAGAGGGAACCAGGCCUCGAGCACCUGGCGAUCUCGCUCAUCAUCGAGUUCUACGAGAUUAGCGACGAAGAAUUACAGCAACUCGCGCCGCUGUCCAUCGGAGCCGCGCAGGGGUGGAUCCAGCACGCCGUUGAGCACGCUCUCAAGUCUUUCGAGCUUGAGAUGAGCCUGCGUGAUGGGGCCUGCCGUCGUUCCAAGGUGCUGAGCCUCGAUUGCCUCCCGAGCUCGGCGAAGCUGGAGGCCAUGCGUUUGGAUCUAGGCGAGGCACUAGUCCGGCUGCCCGCCACCGCGGUGUUCGUGUCACUCAAGAGUCUUUCUCUUGAAUCCAUGAUGAUCAUAAAAGGCACUUGGCACCUCCUUGCCCGUCUCCUGUCGACGGCAUGCUGCCCCUGCUUGCAGAAGCUUAGGAUGAGGGAUCUCAAUCUUGAUGAUUUUGAGGGGAUGUAUGAUCAGUUGCUGCCGCUUGAGGCUGCCGCCCUCUCUGAGCUAUCGAUGGAGAAGAUGAAUCUAACAGAUUUUCUUCAACUCAAGACUCCUAACCUCCACGUUCUCUGCAUGAAGGCCUGCAUGAUGCACACACUCUCAAUCUCGGCCCCAAGGCUAGAGGAGCUCUUGUUGACAUCCCAACCCUAUUAUAUUGAUGUUGAUGGUGAACUGCCAUGUGUGCGGAGCCUCAAGGCUGAACUAUCCUCAAAUGGUAACUACGACAACGACGAUAUCAAUGAUGGUACUAGUACUAUUCGCCUCCUCCGUCGUUGUAAGUCGGUCAGAAACCUUGAGUUGUCUGUUCAUGUUAAUGAGAGAAAUGACGAUGACCAGAUUGUUGACAUAAUCAAUUGGAGGAUGCCGCAUCUUCCACAUGUGACAUCUCUGACUGUUCAUGUUUCUCUACCCAAAUUACAUUCCAUUCGAGCUGGUAUAUCAGAUAUCUUGACUCAGUGCAGCAAUCUAAAAUACCUCCGCGUACACUUGGAUUACCCGAUUUAUAUGCUAAUAAGACAAGAGCAGCCGUUUGAUCAAGAAUCAGAUUUCUUCUGCCAUCAUCCAUAUGAUUGCAAAUCGCAAGAGAUAUCCUUAGCUCAUCUACAGGACGUGGAGUUGAAGGGAUUGAUAGGAACUGACUGCGAACUUUGGUUCAUGCAAUCCGUGCUUUGGAGCGCCAGAGAGGUUCAAGAGGUGGCUAUAAGUUUCUACCCAGACUACCAGCUAACGAACAGGAGGGAUGCUAUUGAUCUUCUGCCAGAACUAAGAGGUGGGGAUUGGACUCCUUGUUCUUGGGGCCGUUAUUCGUCAUACAAGUGGAGGCCUUAUAUUGUCUGUGAAUAGAGAGAGUUAUCUGUGUAAAGUUAGCUGUUAAAAUAAGUGGAGACUGUACUUGCUUUGAGGGAUCCAUGCAUAAUUUCAGUGUGUGCACGAUCCGUCGAUCCCUGUUAAAAACAAGGUUUUUCAUCUUU